GUGGCUUCAGAGACUGGCGGAAGCAACCGUCGGACCCAACAGGAUGGGGGUGAAGCUGGAGGUCUUUCGGAUGAUGCUGUAUCUCACCUUCCCAGUGGCCAUGUUCUGGGUCUCUAACCAGGCUGAAUAUUUUGAGGAAUACGUCAUCCAGCGCAAGCGGGAGAUCUUCCCUCCGGAGCGAGAAGACCAGCGUCAGGAGCUAGAAGACUUCAAGGAGCGAAUGCGGAAGCAGCGUGAGGAGAGGUUACUCCGAACUGCUGAGCAGUGACUUGGGAUUUAUCUGGAAAUCAGUGCGCCCCUGUCUCUCCCCUCAAAGCCUGGCUGCUGCACAGCAGAUGUAGAGGGUUGGGAGGUAGGACUCUUCCAAGGGGCCUCCUUCCAUCCCUGCCUUCUGAUGAGGAACUCUGGAGGCCACAUCCCCCCCUGCUCAGCCGCUGGUUCCCCCAUGGACCUGGAGAAGUUUUAUGGCCUCGAGAUCUCUCUUGCCCUGGACUGGCUUGUCAAAUGCAUGACUCAGACUCACAGUAACCCCAUGCCCUUCCCCAUUUUGGUCCCUGCCUUUCAGGAUCUACCCGGGAGCCAUUCAGGGAUCAGUAUCUGAUUCCAGAGAGAGUUGAGAGUGAGCCAUAUAGUCUUCCACCCUAAUUCUUUAAUCCAAUGACAAUAACAACUCAGUCUGACCCCUCAC